AUGCUGAUACUCUGGACAAUCCCACUUUUCCUCCUGGGAACAGUCCGAGGAAAAGAGGUUUGCUAUGACAAACUUGGAUGCUUUUCUGACACUCAACCCUGGGCAGGAACAGCCAUCAGGCCCCUAAAACUUCUCCCUUGGAGCCCUGAGAAGAUCAACACCCGCUUCCUGCUCUACACCAAUGAGAACCCAAACGCUUUCCAGCUUCUCCAGCCCUCUGACCCGGCAACCAUUGAGGCCUCCAACUUCCAAACGGCCAGGAAGACUCGGUUCAUUAUCCACGGCUUCAUAGACAAAGGAGAAGAAAACUGGGUGCUGGACAUGUGCAAGAACCUGUUCCAAGUGGAGGAGCUGAACUGCAUCUGUGUGGACUGGAAGGGAGGCUCUCAGACCACCUACACGCAGGCUGCCAGCAACGUGCGAGUAGUGGGUGCCCAGGUGGCUCACAUGCUUGACGUCCUUGCGACAAACUACAGCUACUCGCCUUCCAAAGUUCACCUCAUCGGCCACAGCCUAGGCGCCCAUGUGGCCGGGGAAGCAGGAAGUCAGACUCCAGGCCUAGGCAGGAUUACUGGACUGGAUCCCGUAGAAGCAAAUUUUGAAGGGACUCCUGAAGAGGUCCGGCUUGACCCCUCCGAUGCCAGCUUUGUUGAUGUAAUCCACACAGAUGCAGCUCCUUUGAUUCCAUUCUUGGGUUUUGGAACAAAUCAAAUGAUGGGUCACAUGGACUUCUUCCCCAACGGGGGACAGAACAUGCCCGGGUGCAAGAAGAAUGCCCUGUCGCAGAUUGUGGAUCUAGAUGGCAUCUGGUCAGGAACCCGGGACUUUGUGGCUUGUAACCACCUGAGAAGCUACAAGUACUACUUGGAGAGCAUCCUCAACCCGGAUGGGUUCACUGCAUACCCCUGCACCUCUUACAGAGAUUUUGAGUCUGACAAGUGCUUCCCCUGCCCAUACCAAGGCUGCCCACAGAUGGGUCACUAUGCUGACCAGUUUGCCAACAUGACAAGUGAGGAGCCGCAGAAGUUCUUCCUGAACACAGGCGACGCCAAGAAUUUUGCACGUUGGAGGUACCGGGUCUCCUUGACACUGUCUGGAAGAACAGUCACUGGGGAGGCCAAAGUGGCUCUGUUUGGAAGCAAGGGCAACACUCAACAGUAUGAUAUCUUCAGGGGCGUUAUGAAACCAGGCGCUAUACAUUCCAAUGAGUUUGAUGCCAAGCUUGAUGUGGGAACAAUUGAGAAAGUCAAGUUUCUUUGGAAUAAUCACAUGAUAAACCCAAGCUUCCCCAAAGUGGGUGCUGCCAAGAUCACUGUACAAAAGGGAGCAGAACGAACAGAGUACAAUUUCUGUAGUGCCGAGACAGUGAGAGAAGAUACUCUGCUCACCCUCAUGCCUUGUGACGCCCCAGACACGAUGUGA